AUGUCGAAAAUCAACAACCUUGAAUAUGCUUCCCUCAAUCUCUCCGGAGAUAAUUACCUCCAAUGGGAGCUUGAUACCAAGAUCCUCUUAAGGUCCAGAAACCUUGGUGAUACUAUCACUGAAGGCACUGAGCCAUCAGACAAGGAUAAUUACAAGGCAAUUGUUGUCAUUCGCCAUCACCUUGCUGAAGGUCUCAAGGACCAGUAUCUCACAAUUGAGAAUCCUCUGGAACUUUGGACAGAGUUGAAAACCAGAUUUAAUCAUCAGAAAACUGUGAUAUUGCCAAAAGUCCUUUAUGAUUGGAGAAACUUGAGAAUCCAAGACUAUAAGUCUGUGGAAGAGUAUAACUCGGCUUUGUUCAAAAUAGUCUCAAAGUUGAAACUUUGUGGUGAGACUAUUACUGAUGCUGAUAUGUUGGAGAAGACAUUCUCAACAUUCCACACCAGAAAUGUUGUGCUUCAGCAACAUGAGCUAAGGCCUCCUGGUGCUAAAGCAUUGCCUGAGGCACAUGCGGCCGUAGAGCCAAAGGAUGAGACUCCAAGAGAGUCAUACCGUGGUCGCAUGAGAGGCCGUGGUAGAUGGCAAGGUCGUAACCAUGGGUUUCAACCACGUGGCCGUGGAUUUCUGGAGAGAUUGAGGGAAGCAUAUUCAAGGUUGUUGAUUUUCGACAUCUGA